AUUAUAUAUAUAUUAUAUAUAUAGCAUUUAUUUAUUGUGCCUACCCGUGCCGUAUAUAUUUAAAGUAUACAUAAAUUAUAUAUAACUCAAGCGCAUAUAUAGCGCAUACAAUGGAAACUACUUAUAUUAAACUUGUAUUAAGUUCAUGCAUAAUUUUAAUUAUUCAAAAUGAGCAUGGUCAUAAUGCUCAUGGCCAAAAGAAUCAAUGUUCAGCCAAUGGUAUGAAACGGUUGGACGAAAUAGUGGCAAAGUUCGUGACAAUUGGCAACUCUGGCCGAAAGUUCCCGGAGUCUAAGGGACAGGUGUUACAAAAAUAUUGCGCUGAAGAGAGCAAGCUACUUACUGACAUUGAAAAGUACAAGAACAAUUGUUUCCGAGAUUUGAGCAAGCAAGCGUUUGGCAUAUUAAUCUUUUCAUUUAAGGGUGCCAUCAAAAAUUUUUGCUCCAAAAAGGAGUCCAAACGCCUGGAUGAGUUAAUAGUGGCCACACCCUGUAUUAAUAAAUACAACACCAAUGUUGUUGGCAAAUGUUACGAAACUAUCCUUGAUGAAUUAUUGGGUGCCAAAAAUGGACCCGAAAAUAAACGGAUACCUUAUAUGUGUUGGUAUGACGGAUUAGCCGGUAAAUGCGAGCCCAAACACAUUGAGACUACCGUUUGGUUUUUCAAAUUGUUGUUCGGCGACGCUAUUAACCUAUUGUGCACUGACUAUACCGAGGAGUCCGAUAAGUGCAGUAAACUAGGAGUGACACCGAAACGAUUAAAAUCGCAGAGACGUACUAGAUCAUUCGCGUUGCCAGUGUUGUCGGCCGUUGUUAGUCUCAAAAUAGAGCAGCCUGUUAGUCUCAAAAUAGAGCAGCCUGAAAUCCGGAAUUUUGUGAUAAAUCGUAUGAAUUGA